AUGGGCGAGGAGCAGAGCACGGUGAGCGGCGGCGGCGGGCCCCUGGAGGCGCGGACCCGCGCUGGCGGCGCCGCGGGCCCCCCGGAGCCCCCGAGGCCGCCGGGGCACAGCGCCGGGGUGCCCGGGCCGCGCGCCGCCUCCUCCGAGCCGAGCGGCGGCGGCUGCGGAAGCGACUCCGGUUGCGAGGACGCCGGAGCCCCGGAACCCGCGGGGAGCCGGGGGGCCCCGAGCUGGAGCAAGAGCCGGGCACCCGGGCAGCCCGCGGGACUGGCCCUCCCCGGGCCCCUCAACCCCCAGGCUUUGCAAAAGCAGCUGGCCGAGGAGGAGGAGGAAACGGGGGAGCGAAAAGAGAGAGGGGAUGAACAGCAGGAGGCGCCCCCCGGCGAGGAGCUUGAGCCCCCGGCCCGCGUCCGCGUCGGGGCCCCGGACGGACUGGUCUUGGACGUGCUGGGCCCGCGGCGCCCGCCCCCGGCCAAGAGACAAGUGUUCUGCUCCGUGUUCUGCGUGGAGAACGACCUGCCCGAGGUGCCCUCGGCGGAGCGGCUGUCGCUGCCCGCGUCGCCACCUCGGGCUCCGCCGGUGACCAACCCUCCCGGCACCCCCUCCUCCUUCCCCAGCCCCCAGCUGUCGCUCCCAGCGGACCCCUUGUCCCCCGACGGCGGCAGCAUCGAGCUGGAGUUCUACCUGGCGCCCGAGCCUUUCUCCGUGCCCAGCCUGCUGGGCGCCCCACCCUACUCCGACCUGGGUGGGGUCGGGGAUCCCUAUGCGCCCCUCAUGGUGCUGAUGUGCCGGGUGUGCCUGGAAGACAAGCCCAUCAAGCCCCUGCCUUGCUGCAAGAAGGCCGUGUGCGAGGAGUGCCUCAAAGUCUACCUGAGCUCCCAGGUGCAGCUUGGCCAAGUGGAAAUCAAAUGCCCUAUCACUGAGUGCUUUGAAUUCCUGGAAGAAACAAUGGUUGUCUAUAACCUGACACAUGAAGACUCUAUCAAAUACAAGUACUUCUUGGAACUUGGCCGUAUUGAUGCCAGCACCAAGCCAUGUCCGCAGUGCAAGCACUUUACAACCUUCAAGAAAAAAGGACAUAUUCCCACCCCUUCCAGAUCAGAAAGCAAAUACAAAAUCCAGUGCCCCACUUGCCAAUUCGUCUGGUGUUUUAAGUGCCACUCUCCUUGGCAUGAAGGUGUUAACUGCAAGGAGUACAAGAAAGGAGACAAACUGCUGCGCCACUGGGCCAGCGAGAUUGAGCGCGGGCAGAGGAAUGCCCAGAAGUGUCCGAAGUGCAAGAUCCACAUCCAGAGAACUGAAGGGUGUGACCAUAUGACCUGUUCACAGUGUAACACUAAUUUUUGUUAUCGAUGUGGGGAGAGAUACCGCCAGCUCCGUUUCUUUGGAGACCACACCUCAAACCUCAGUAUAUUUGGAUGCAAAUAUCGCUACCUCCCAGAGAGACCUCACCUAAGGAGAUUAGUGCGAGGGUCAGUCUGUGCUGGAAAAUUGUUCGUUGCACCUCUUAUUCUGGUCUUGGGAUUAGCACUAGGGGCCAUAGCAGUUGUCAUCGGUUUAUUUGUAUUUCCUAUCUAUUGCCUUUGUAAAAAACAGAGAAAACGAUCACGGACAGGAAUGCACUGGUAAAUGCAGAUGAUGUCGUCUGACAGCGCUGGUCUGGGUAAGAACCGCAUAGGAUGAUGCACGUGUCAGAGGGCUGCGCCUUGCAACCGUCUAGAGGAACCUUCUGCCUCCUCUUCGCCCAUGUUCUCUGCCGGCCACAAUGCCUCUAGCUCCAGUGCGUUCCCAACAUGGUAUCCUGUCUUUUCCGUAUACAGAUUGCUGCUUUUACGAAACGGUCACUUUCAUAGACUAUAAACAUCUAUAUCAUAACUCUUCAUGGUUCUUGGAAGAUAAUACUUCAGUUAGAACCAGUUAUCCUCAGAACUGUCUGAGCAUGUGUCUCCUGAGCAUAGCUUAGACUGUCUCUGUCCCUGACUCUCCCUCCAGGCCUUCUUCUGAGACUUGGGGUGAAUAACUCAAGUGCCCCCUGCACCAACGAGCAAGGCCACCUUUCAGAAGAUGGAGGCUCACCACAUGCACCUGUUUUCACCCAUGGCCCAAGCGUAGAAUUCCUUCCUCCUUCAGAUGCUCUAAUUGUUCAAAAUCUCAAUGCCCAAAAAGGAACUAAUGAAACUAAAUGAGAAGAAUCGUAGUUACCGAGGUGUAUACGUGUAGGGGUGUGAAUGUGUGUGUAUAUACAUACCUAUAUUAAAACUAGGUCCAAUACCUUGUUCUUGUCGAGUUCCAUGCCUCUACACUAUUUUUCCAUAUGUUUGUAGACAUGUUUAAAGAUGAUCGUUCCUUUGUGGGCAUAAUUUGGUAAUGUACUGGAUUAAAGUCAGUGUAGACAGCAUGCUAUUUUGAUGUUGACCCUUUCUAUUUCUUGCUGUCUCAGAUGCACACACGGAAAUUUGUGCAGUGUCACUUCAAGGAUUAUCAAACUUUAUAAACUGACAAAACUGAUAGGUUGCUUCUAGGAAAUUCUCGAGACCUAAACAUUCAGUCUUCUUAUCAGAUUUCUUACAUGUUGGCAUACUUGCUUCACUCUAUGGUUAAUUUAAAUGAGUUUGCUGUAGAGAGAACUGCUGAGGCCUUUGAACAUAUCCCCAUUCUGCUAAUUGUUUCACCAACUUGUAAUGAUAGUAAUUAUGCUUUAGAUUAAGCAUAUGGUAUUAAUUAAAACCCCACCCUCUCACCUCUCCUUUCUCUAUUUGUCCCCAAGUUUUCAUAAAAACAAAUACUGUUUUUGAAGGAUUUUUCUUAUAUUUACUGCUUCAAUGCAUAAUAAUGUGUUGGUAUCUUCUUAUGGAGGGGUGACUUGAAACAAAACUUUUUAUGUUCACAGGUUUAUCUAAAACAUAAACUGCUUUUAGAAGAGGAAGGAAAAAAUGAAAAAAAAAUUUUUUUCAUGAUGUUUUACCAAACUGAGAAGUCUUUAAAAGUAAGAAAAGGACAAAUAACUGAAUUGUGUUUUAUUUUGUUUUCAUUAUGAGUAUUCAUCAUUAAAGACCCCUAAGAAGCCUAAAGUU